AUGUCUACAAAAGAUUUCAGUGCGAUCCCAGUCCUCACAACGGGCAACUACCUCGCAUGGUCCCAAAAGAUAGAUGGAUAUUUCACACUCAACAACCUCGAUGACCUUGUCUACGGACUCGAGCUCAGCCCUGACUCAGCACCCAAAGACCCUUCCACUGGUACGGAAGGCGAGGGGAGUGAGAGUUCAACCUCUUCCAAACAAUACGUUGCUGAUAAUGCUAACGAAUGGAAACGCCGCGCAAAACAGGCCUCCGCAGCCAUCACACUCACUGUCGAUGAGACCAACAUGAGCCAGAUCCGCAAACUCAAAGGGGAUCCGGUCGCAAUGUGGAAUAAACUCGAGUCUAUUCACAAUGCAAAGACAUCAGCGACCCGCUUCAAUGCGCUUGAGGCAUUCUUCACCAAGACGAAGGCCGAAGGAGAGCCUUUGGCGUCGAUCACAGCCGCCACCAAUGCCCUCGAGGAGCAAUUUAAAUCACUCUGGACGACAGACUACGAUGUAGACGCACUACUGAACGACCUCGCUAUGAUGUCAAGCCUCCGCAUGAUCCCGCCUGAAUCAAUUCACGUCCGAACUUCGCUACUCUGCCAGCCAAAUCUCACCCGAGAUGUAAUAGAUGCAGCUCUCGUCAACGAGGACAAUCAGCAGCGCAGGAACUCGCAGCCAGCCAUCGCACUCCGGGCAGCCACUUCCCAGCCCAUUACUUAUCGCAGUACACCUCCCCACUCCUCACGACCAAAGCCCACGGCCGCUGAACGCACACCAGGUGCCAUAUGCGAUCAUUGUGGCAAACGGAACCAUACAGCCGCCCAGUGCUGGUCGAAGGCUGAAGCGACUCGUCGCAAGCAAGAGGCCGCACGUGUUGCCAGCACUACAGACGGAUCAACUACUGUACCAAAUGCCCAUGCCGCUCAUGCAAGUACCCUCUCCUUACCAUCCACGGCUAGAUCUGACCUGAACGCCGACACAGGGGCUACUCGGACAAUGAUGAGUGACGAAAGUUACUUUACUAUGCUCCGCCCCUUGGUCAGGUCGAUCAAACUGGCCAAUGGUGAAAGGAUCUUCUCCACUGGAGAAGGGGACGUUGUGUUUCAGCCGUGGAUAGAUGGUUACUUUAGUUCUGAUCUCGUUACUUUCCCUAAUGUCCUCUUUGCUCCCGACUUACAAUCGAAUCUCGUCUCAGUUCUCUCAAUGGCACGCAAAGAAGGAUAUGACAUUCGCAUUAAUCCGAAGCAAAUGGAGUUCUACCUUGAUGGUAAACUCCAAAUGACAGCUCGUAUCGAUGACGACUGCGUUGCUUACCUUAAUGGACGCGUUCUCACAUCCGAACAAGCGCAUGCUGCCAGUACACUCAAACUUGACCGAGAGCUAUGGCAUCGACGCCUAGGCCACUAUCAUCACGAUGGAGUUGACACUCUUAUCCGUCAUAAUCUGGUUAAUGGAAUCAAGCUGGACUCCAAUGCAAAGCCCGACCCUAUAUGUGCUCCAUGUAUCGCAGGGAAACAGACUCGAGCCCCUCACACCACGCCCGCAACUCGAGCUACAACUCCAUUAGAUCGUGUCUUUAUUGAUCUUAAAGGCCCAAUCAAUGUCGAGUCCAUGCCGCACCGUGCCAAGUACUGGAUGGCCAUGGUAGACGAUGCAUCUAAUUUCGUCACGCUGUCACUUCUUCACUCAAAAGAUGGGGCGUUCAGAGCAUUCUGCGAGUUCCAUAAGCUCGCUGAGAAUCAGACCGGCCAGCACUUGGUACACCUGCGAGACGAUAAAGGUGGCGAGUUCAGUGGGAAAGAGUUUGAACAGUACUGUAUCUCUGCUGGAAUUACAAGGGAACGCACCAUAGUUGCCACACCAGAGCAAAAUGGACGGGUUGAGCGAGCAAACCGAUGGAUAGCUGAAGGGACAAUUGCUAAACUCACAGAAGCAAAUCUUCCACCAUCUUUUUGGGGUUUUGCUGCCCUUGCCACUGUCCAUGAGUUCAACCGUGCCCGUGUUCACAAUGGAAAGACGCCAUAUGAACACUGGCAUGGUGAAACUCCCAGUGUCGAUCAUCUUCGAGUAUUUGGAUGUCUCGCCUAUGUCUUUGUCCCAAAAUCACAGCGUGAUGCUCUCGAUUCGCACACUGACAAGUGUAUCUUCGUUGGGUAUCCAUCCGACCGCCCUGGCUGGGUGUUCUGGAACCCACAGACACGAAAGAUUAUACACAGUGACAGACGACCUGUACCUACACCUAUACCACCUGAGCCUGCACACGAGCCUGUCCCUCCACCAGCACCAGCUCAAGCGCAACCUAAACCCACAGCUCCGGCGCGACUGAGUCGUGAGCUUCGAGCACUCACUGACAAAACCAAUUUCGAGAAGGCUCCUACAAAUCUACCAGCGCGACGACACACAGUUGCGCGUCAGCCAGGCACUUUGACUGAAUCUGAUUCGGAUCUCGAAUUAAAUGAGAGUUUCGAUGAAGAUAACGUUCAAUUAGCCACAGAAGAUGCAUCCCUACCCUCGACUUCCAGCUCUUAUGUGCCAACUAAAGCUCGACGCUGGAGACCCAAGCCCAACUUCGAAGCGCCUGACCAUAUCCUGAUUCCCAUUGUUGAUGGUGUUGAAGCUGCUUUAAACACAUCUACAAUCCGCGAGCCAACAACACUGGGAGAAGCUCUGAAACGCCCUGACGGCGACAAGUAUGUCCAAGCGGCUAUAGAAGAGGUCAGAGCUCACCUGGAAAAUGGCACGUGGAAGCUUGUGCGACUCCCACAAGGCAAAAAGGCUAUCGGCUCACGUUGGGUAUUCAAAAUCAAACGUGAUGCUGACGGGUCUAUUAGCAAAUACAAGGGACGCAUUGUGGCCAAGGGAUAUGCACAGCGAGAGGGAAUCGACUACACAGAGACCUUUGCACCGACGGCUCGCUUUGGCGCCCUUCGCACCAUCAUAGCACUUGCAGCACUCGAAGACUGGGAGCUAGAGUCAGUAGACAUAUCCACCGCUUUUCUCAAUGGCGAGAUUGAUGCGGAGGUCUACAUGAGAAAGCCAGAAGGAGUUGAGUUCGAGGGCUAUGAAGGUACAAGCUGGGUGCUUCAACUUCUAAAGGGUCUCUAUGGAAUCAAACAAGGUCCUCGAAUCUGGUCUGUGAAGCUACACGCUGUCUUAUCCGAAAUUGGAUUCAAACGUCUCGAAAGCGACCACAGUGUCUUCAUCUAUGAACGUGACAGUGUGAAGAUCAUUGUACCAGUCCAUGUUGAUGACUUACUGCUUGCAUCAAAGUCAUCCAAAGCCAUCCAAACGGUAAAGGAUGAGCUCAAAGCACGCUUCAAGAUUCAUGACCAAGGCCCUACCUCAUUCCUACUCGGUGUCAAGCUCGAGCGCAAUCGCCAAUCCCAUACAAUCUCCCUCUCUCAACCUGCGUACAUCGAACAGAUCCUUGAAGCCUAUGAAAUGAAGGACUGCAAUGGCGCUGACACACCGAUGAAAGCCGAAAUGCAAGCUAUACCUUAUCGAGAAGCUCUUGGAAAGCUCAUAUACCUUGCAACGGCCACUCGCCCCGACAUCUCAUAUGCAGUCGGAGUUCUCUGCCGGUUCAGCGAGAAUCCUGGACAAGCACACUGGCUAGCUCUCAAACGAGUACUACGAUAUCUACGCAAAACGACUAAUUACAAGCUCACCUACGGCCUCAAACCGGAAUCCGACGAGCUCUUCACGACGCACAGCGACGCCGACUUGGGUGGGAAUGCUGAUAACACGCGUUCGACAGCCGGAUUUGUCAUGUCAAUUGGUGGCGGCGCUGUGAUGUGGAGUAGCCGACUCCAGCGCCACACGUCGCUCUCGUCGACGGAAUCGGAGUAUACAACAGCCUCCGCCACCGGGUGUGAGAUGAUCUGGAUGCGCGCAUUCCUUGACGAAAUUGGCUAUGACGUUGCGUCGACUCCAUCCACUUUAUACGUCGACAACGCCUCUGCUAUCCAGGUCGCAAAGAACCCAGAGCACCAGUCGACAAUGAAGCAUGUUCACCGGAGCUUCAACUGGAUCCGCGAGCGGGUUGCCAACAAUGAAAUCCGCGUCGCUCACGUCCCUGGAGCUGUCAACGUUGCCGACAUCUUCACCAAACCACUAGGCCGCAUCAAAUUCGAACAGUUUGUCAAAAUGCUUGGUAUUAUCCCUCAUCCACAUGCCCAUCCAUGA